AGACUGGUACGUAGAAAAUAAUUUCUUCUCGUCUUUCCCAGAUGCAGUCUGCAGUCAUAACUGUUGUUCUGGUCGUGAUCUUGAGUCUAGCCGGGGCUCUUGCGGGGUAUGUCCCCGACAGGUGUAUGGACUGUAUGUGCCGUGUGCUGUCCCGGGGAUGCCGCAUGCCCAGCCCCCCGUGUGAGCUGCAGGGACCGGGGUUCCUAGUCUGUGGGCCGUACCAGAUCAGCAAGGCGUACUGGAAAGACGCAAGGACGAUGGGGAAGGACCUCAUGGAAGACUGGCAGAGCUGUGCGGUGUCCUGGACGUGCAGCCGGCGGGCAGUGGAAGGUUACCUGAGACGGUACGCCGUGAAGGAGAGGCGCGGAAUCAAGGUGGUGUUGGGGCACGACCCGACGUGUGAGGACUUCGCGCGGAUCCACAAGGGCGGGCCCUUGGGGUACAGCAAUGACGCCACGCUGCAGUACUGGGAGAGCGUCGCCAGGUGUCUCCAGGGAGAUCCACAGUUCUAUCAGCCAAACACGAUGAACGCAGAACAACGCAGCCUGCAAUUGGAACUGUAA